CUUAUUUAAACCGACAACUAACUAUUUAAUUCAUAUCCAAAUUAACAAAAAUGAGCUGCUACCGCGACUUAAAUAAAGAACUGAUCGGCCAAGUGCAAACAAUGCGCCAUGACUUGAAAUUGUACUGUGAUGAAAUUGUCCACUUAAAGGGAGAACUCAUGCAAAAACAUGAAUCAGAAGUUUUGUUGCGGAAGGAUUGUUACACAUGGGCGCUUGAAAGUUUUAUCCAACUUAUACAACAUGUACAGCCGGAAAGUGACAUCUUACCCGUACUAAAGGAAUUUUGGCGACCGCAGGAUAGAACAUCCGCCACUUCAACGUACUCACGUGAGAGCAGAUCUCCGCGAAGAACGCGAAUAUCUGGGGAAAGAUCAUCAGGGUCAACACGUAGACGUAGUAGUCAGUUGACAGCGGAAUUUCAAAGAUCCACUUCUAUUAUAAACACGAGAAACUCUGUAUGUAGUACUUCACCCAUUAGAAGAAGUAGCAAUGAAGCUGCAGAGGCUGAACCAGCGGAAGAAGAAUUAGAAGGAGAGGAAGAUGAAGACUGUGAGAAUGUUGUAGAAAGUGUGACAAAUCCAACAGAGUUGCCACAAGAGCAGCCAGACGAAAAUCUCAAUAUAAUUUAUGAACAUUCCGAAAAUGAUGAAGACGAGGAAGAUGAUACAGAAGAUGCUGUGACUGUUUACGAAAGUGUGGAAGAAGUUUCUGUUGAUGAAGUAUCUAUUUCUAAAACAAGAACCACCUUAAAGGAUGUAACAAACACGGAUACUUCUAGCAUUAAAGUUGCACCUAAAAGAGGACGACCCAAAAAGGUUAAAAAAAAGGUUAUAAAAAAUAAAGUAAAUCAAGAAAAUUCAACAGAUGAUAUGGGCAGUGAAUCGGAAGUUGAACAAAGCAGAUCAUUACAUCAGACAGAAAUAGCUGAUAAAUCCUUAGAGGAGCCACGUCGUCACUCUAAUGCCCGACAUGUCUCAAUGAUAAAUAAAUCUAUACCUACCUAUGCAACACGGUCUUAUUGUAAUCAUUCACGUGAAGAGGUAACCAUUGCUUCACCCACUUCAGUUUAUACCGAUAUGACUUUAAGAAACUUCAAUGAUGCUGCCUGCAGCACCCCAAAUUCUCGACACAAUUCAUUACAAAAACCCGUAACACCCCCAGCAUAUACUGGGACCACUUACAACUUAACCACGGAAUCCGAGUCAGUUACAAGCAACACUUUAAAUUGUCGUCCCUCACGUCAGUGCAAACCGAAAGAUUUGGCUGAGCCAAAAUUAACCACUAAACUAAGAAAUGAAACUGUUAAGGAAUCAAUAACUAAAAAAAAAUCCAGAUCCAAGACGAGAACCAAAAACUAAACCUUAUUUUUAUCUUAAAUCUUAACCCAAAAUUUUUUAAUUUUUUUUCACCAAAAAUUUGUUUAAAUCUUUAUAGGUUGGUAAAUUAAAUUUUUAGUUGAUGAAAAUGACUGUGAAUCUUUUCAAUAUUUCAUUAAAAUUUAUGAAAAUCUUUCACUUAAAGUAUAUUUUCCUCCCAAAAUCGUUUAUUUCUAAAAUUGUAUUGUAUGUACUUUCAAUAGAUUUCUCACAAUGUUUAUAGUUUUUAUUUAGUUUGAAAAGAUUUCCUUUAUUUUUUUAACAAAGCAUAUUAUUAAAUAAAUUUAUGAUUUUCUCCCUUUA